AUGACCUUGUUAACUCCAGCACAGGCCCGGCCAAGCCGGAUUUCGGACCUUGCGCGACCUGCGUUCGGCGGGAUAAACCCUGUCAUUUCAGCUCGAAGAAGCUUGCUCGGCGGAAGAAUGAUAGUGUCGGAGCAAUUCUUGUCCCCUAAGCCAACACCAAAGUCAAAAUCAAGCACACCAGGAAUUGACAUCAAUGAGGCAAAUCCAGCUGCCAUAUCAUCCCUGCAGCCAGAUUUCUUCUCAGAAGAUCCCGUGUCAAACACUCCCUCAUCAGAAGCCAACAAGCAGCAUCAACUGCCCGUUUUGCACGUUGACAGCUUGCUCACCCGCUCCAGCAAAGCCAGUCCAUCCGAAGCGGGCGAUGAGACUCCACCAUUCAUAAGGGUACUUUAUUUUGAAUGUGUCCAUCCGCUUUACCCGUUUCUCGAUCGUGAAGCAUUCGAGCGCACUUUCGCAAACCCAGACUUCUUCGAGAUUGUCAACCAGAGCAAGGCUUGGUCAUGCUUGUAUCAUUCGGUUCUAGCGAUGGGAUGUCAAUGUGAUGGUGGGGGCAGUUUUGAGCCUGGCGUCGGAGACGCUUGGAACCUAUUUUUCGUUGCGCUGAGCCUCUUGCCCGAUCUUAUGCUUCAGCCGGACUCUCUCCUAGUUCUACAAGCCAUGGCUGCCAUGGCAAUUCAAUGCUCGGGUAUUUCAUGCGUGAUGCUGGAGCAUGUCGUCACGUCGGAGGCUGCGAGGCGGGCACAAAACCUAUCAACCAGCAACUUCUCAGGUCCGAGGGCGAAAGCGUACCAGAGAACCUUCUGGUGUCUGUAUGCCAUUGAGAAGACAUCUAGCUUCUAUUUUGGAAGAAGCUCGGCUUUUAUCGACGGCGACAUAUCGUGUCCCAUCCCCCAUGUCCCCGAAUCAGUCUUCGGCGACUUUGACUGGUUUUUAUCUAUCAUACGCCAUGCUCGAAUCAUAUCACAAACAUACUCCUCACUCUUUUCGGUCGCCGUUGCCAACAAACCAAAUGCGUAUUACAUGGACAUCAUUGAUCAACUCAAUCAGAAGCACGACGACUGGCGUAUGUCAAUACCUGACACCGGGUUUCGGCCUGGCGGACUUAAACCGCCCUCCAGCAUUCACUGCGGCGUUGAAAGAGAGGCAGCAGUCAUGAUUCACUACUACCACGAUGGUCUGCAACUCACCUUGGCCCGGGCUACGCUGCACCGGCUGUCCCGGUUGUCCAGGGCAGACGACCCUCUCAUCGCCGCGCAGCAGAAAGCCACCAUGGAGGCAGUUCUCAGCGCUUCACGUUCCGUCCUUGAGAGAACUGUCUUGGUUAACGUCGAUUCUCACACUAGUAUAUGUCCGCUCCACGUCAACACGCCAUCCCACCUGGCCUUGCUCGACAUGGCUGGAGGUCAUUUCAGCCGCAUCGAAUACCGCAGCCAGGGAUACCUACCCGGAUCUCUCAUCUCUGAGUUUGCGCACAUCGCGCGCGAGUACGUCAACGACGCCCAUCUGAAGCAGGAGGCCAGAGCAACGCAGGCCCAGACGUUACCGGACAUUAUCAAUGUACCGCAGCCACAACAUGGAGCUGCACAGGUCCAAGCCAUGGCAAACGCUCCCAAGGUAGGGCGGAAGGAGAGCAUCCCGUCCGACAUGGGUAAUGUUGCUUCAGCCGAGCUGUCUGAUUUCAGCAUGGCAUUCAACGGGUUCCCUGACUACACGCCAUCGAACGCGACGAUGGGCACAGACGUCAUGGGCAUCUUCAACUACUAUCUCCCCGAACUGGAUCCGAUGUUCUCUCAAGGUCUGGAUGAAGAGUAUGCUUUCAGUCAGGAGCUGUCAUCUGGCAUCCCAAUGGAUGAAAGCAUGGGCACGACACGGAUAUAG